GUAAAUACAUGUAGUAUGAACGUGGUGUAGAGAAGUACAAAAUGCUGGGUCGUAGCUUCAGCGCAUAGUAUUGGUUGUGUCUCGUUGAGUGACUCCUGUGAGCUUUUGAACCGCUCGUACAGCAAAGACUUAAGUUGGAGAGACAUGAAGGAUUUCAAUAAUCCAGAAUUCGGCUUCCCAGGAGAUGAAUGCUUCAGGGUCGGGUUCGCGGAGGCUUCCAAGAGUUUUGACCCUGCAGCACUGGACGUAGACCUCACGGGAAAAGCAUACAUGGUGACUGGAGCCAAUACGGGGAUCGGGAAAAGCAUCACCUUGGAACUCGCAAAAAGAGGCGGUCGAGUCCACAUGUUGACUUUGAACGAGGAUCAGGCGACGCGUACGGAGAUUGUGACUAGCAGCGGCAACGAGAAUGUUCACCUCCACGUGUUAGACUUGUCUCAGCCCAGACGCGUGCACGACUUCGCCCGGAAGUUUGCUGAGACUUGGAAGACACUGGAUGUGCUGGUGAACUGCGCAGCGUGUGUACUGCCCGAGCGAAGGCUAACGGAGGAUGGGUAUGAAACGAAUUACGCCAUGAACACCAUGGGCGUGUACAUCCUCUCGACAACACUGAUACCACUGCUCCGUACAACCCCUGGAUCCAGAGUUAUAAUAGUAUCUACUCAAGGCAUGUUUACGGAAAAGCUUCGUCUGGAGAGCCUUGAUGAUCUCAGACAAGAAAGGCUGGAGCCAUUCGACGGACACAAAGUCUAUGCUCAGAGCAAACGUCAGCAGCUCAUCAUGCUGACCACGUGGGCUCGCACGCACCCAGCGAUCCACUUUGCCGCGAUGCAUCCUGGGAUAGUCGACACGCCCCUUUUGCAGGCCUACCUGCCACCUCACCUGUACGAACAGGCGAAAAAGAAAGAUCGGUUGAGGACGCCGGGCGAGGGUGCUGAUACAGUCUUGUGGCUGGCCAUCGCAGAGGGCGCUGUUCAAGAAGCGAGUGGUCAGUUUUAUUUGGAUCGAAAAUCUAUACCCUAUCACAAAUACGAGUUGACCCGAUCGACGGAGGCCGAGGAACAACAGUUGAUGGAAAAAUUAGAAGAACUAGCUGCCGACAUCACUUCUGCCUAGGCAUUCAAGAAUAAUUUUAUUGACUAAAGAUAUUCUGUUAAAAUUAAUGCAGGUUGUUGUUUUUAUUUAAGAGUUUAGUUUUUUUAAGUGUUUUGCAAGAGGGUGGGGGUCUGCAGUAACAAAUAGCCCAAUUUCGUAGACAUGCAUAGCAGAAAUAUUGUUGAUUAUUCACGCAAAAAUCAACCAACACCUAGUCAUACGUAAUAAACAAUGCAGGUACAUUAUUUUGACUGUAAAACUGUGAAUUGGGUUUUCAGUCCCUAUCUGAUUCGCUGAAAUUUGGUACUCGCAAAACCGAAAGCAGCUUUUUUUUCUUCAGUCAAGUAAAGUCACCGUCCACAACGCGCAUGCGUCUUUGUCAACGGAAUGGAUGGGGACUUCGCUUACUUUUUGAGUACCUGUAAAAAGUCAUGUAUCGCAAAGAAUAGUAAAAAUUCGGUGACCAAAUCGGGUUAUAGAAAAAUAAUCCAUACCGAAACAUAACUACUGUAGGUCCACCAUCUUAUUGUUAUGGUAUUAAAACAAAGCCACUUUCAGACUCCAUUCUUUGUGGGUGUUGCAUUUUUAGCACUGCUAAACUCGGUGACUUAACCGGAUUUCUUUAAAAACUGAACAAUGGGAAGGUUGAUUAAGUUAUUUGGAAGGCAACCGAUUUUUUAGGAUCUUGUUAAAAUUUCUCGGUAUGGUGUAUGUGUAUAUGUAACUAACGUUAAACAGGAAUUAAUAAAUUAUAUGCAAAAUGCCCAAAAUGCAUGAUAUGGACUUUGUAUUUCUUUACAAAACCGAGCAAAUCUCGAGUCUUAUACCUGGAUCUUGAUGAAGCUCUUAAAUAAACUAAUCUCGAGUUUACUUGGUAACCGGU